AAAUCAAAGGAUGAUAUCAACUGUGAGUCACUCAAAGGAUUUCAUAUUCACAGAACCUGGUCUAAGGGCUAUAAAAAGAGGGACAUUUAAGGAACUUGAACAGAAGAGGAUCAGAGUAAACCGGGUUAAGUCCUUUAAGAGAACUUUAGAAUGAAGAUUCUCCUGUUAAUCCUAGUCCUGCAAGCCACUGCUUCUGGAGCUGUUCCUCUCUCACCUGAUAAAAGCCUAGAAGAAAAUGAGUUGGUGUUUGCUGAAAAAUACUUGGAAACCUUUUAUGAUUUCCAUAUGGAAAAAAUUCCAAUGACAAAAAUGAAAUUCAAUGAGAACUUCAUGGAGAAUAAAAUCCAGGAAAUGCAGCAGUUCUUGGGGCUAAAAGUGACCGGCCGACUGGAUACACCCACCCUGGAGAUGAUGCACACCCCUCGGUGCGGCAUGCCUGAUGUUCGUCAUUACAGUACAAUGCCAGGCAGGCCAGUGUGGAAGAAAGGUCAUAUCACCUACAGAAUCCAGAAUUACACUCCUGACAUGGCGCGUGAGGAUGUUAACUAUGCCAUCCAGAAAGCUUUUCAAGUAUGGAGUGAUGUGACACCCUUGACAUUCAGACAGAUUUAUGCAGGCGAGGCCGACAUUAUGAUCUUUUUUGCACAAGGAGCUCAUGGAGACUUCUAUCCUUUUGAUGGUAGAGGUGGAGUCAUAGCCCAUGCUUUUGCACCUGGAACUGGUAUUGGAGGAGACACACAUUUUGAUGAAAGUGAAAUCUGGACUAAAGGCUUCAAAGGCAUAAACUUGUUCCUUGUUGCUGUUCAUGAGCUUGGUCAUUCCUUGGGUCUUAAUCAUUCCAAUGAUCGAAAGGCCAUAAUGUUCCCUACCUACAGUUAUGUUGACACCAAGACAUUUCGCCUCUCUACAGAUGACAUACGUGGCAUUCAGUCCCUUUAUGGAGGCCCAGAGAAGUACCAACCCAUGCCACCUCCUGACAGUACAGAAUCAACUAUCUGUGACCCCAACCUGAGUUUUGAUGCUGCCACUAUAAUCGGAAAUAGAAUAUUUUUCUUUAAAGACAGGUUCUUCUGGUGGAAGUUUCCUGAGUCAUCAAGGAUCAGUGUUAAUUUAAUUUCUUCUUUAUGGCCAACCUUGCCAUCUGUCAUUCAAGCCGCUUAUGAAAUUAAAGCCAGAAAUCAGGUUUUUCUUUUUAAAGAUGACAAGUACUGGCUAAUCAGCCAUUUAAGACCACAGCCAAAUUAUCCCAAGAGCAUACGUUCUCUGGGCUUCCCUGGCUCUGUGAAAAAAAUUGAUGCAGCUGUUUUUAACCCACUUAUCUAUAAAACUUACUUCUUUGUAGAUAAUCAGUAUUGGAGGUAUGAUGAGAGGACACAAUCUAUGGACCAUGGUUAUCCCAAAUUGAUAACCAAGAACUUCCCAGGAAUUGGGCCUAAAAUCGAUGCAGUCUUCUAUUCUAAAAAGCACUACUAUUUCUUCCAAGGAUCUAACCAACUUGAAUAUGACGUCCAAUCCAAUCGUGUUACCAGAAGACUAAAAAGCAAUGAUGGGUUUGGUUGUUAGAAAUGGUAUAACUAAUGAUGAUUGUCAAUUCACUUCAGGUUAAUAAGUAUUUAUUGUGUAUUUGCUAUGCACUCAGUGAUAGGGUUCAUAAAAAAAAGAAGGUAAAAUCUAGAGGUCAUAGAUAUAUAAUAAUAAAAAGUAUUUUCAAUUUUGAAAACCCUUAGAAUAUGGUCAUUUCAUUGUCAAUUUUUACUUGACUAAGCUUGAAAAUAGAGACCAAGAGAACAUCUUUUAUAGAAUGCUUUAUAAGUUGGCUCCUUGGACUAGUUAACCCUUGGACUAGUUAUCUUUCUUUUACCUAUAAUUAGAAAAUAAUUUCUAUGGCCAGUAAAUAUUUCAGCAAGUAUACCAUUUUAAUUCUUUAAAAGUAAAAGCAGAAUAUAUUUAGAACUUUAAAAAUGACAAUUAUGUAAGUAAACUAUUUAAAUUGCAAUAAUGUAACUAUUUUUGCUGUUUGUGUUGACUUUCUUAAUAUUAUAAAGUGUAUAUAUAUAUAUAUUUGAUCAAAUAAAAACUUUGAGA